CCGGAAAGCGGGACAUUCCGAAUUCGUUCGAGGCUUCGGAAGCUCUGUCAAGCUCGAAUAAACGGCUGCGUACACCAAAAAAAGAAAAGGAAAAAUACGAAAGUCCUGAAUCAAAGUCAACGUUCCCGCCAACGAUAUCCCUACCUAUCCAGUACCUACUCCGACCGCGAACGCUCGAACCAAGCAAAGCACCUUGAACUCUCUUCCCCGGUAGCUGUUCACCCAGAAGAGAGGCACGGAGCAAAAAGACCGAACGGCAGACGAUUCGACCGAGACAACCCCUCCUUCUCUCUCUCUUCGCGCCAAACCAUGGGCCUCUUCAACAUCUUCUCCCCGUCCGAGGAGGAAAAGCGCGCGGCCGAGGUCCGCACGGGUGCCGUCGCCCCGACCCGCGCCGAGCGGCAGAAGUGCUGGGCCGCGCGCGACGCCUACUUUGCGUGCCUCGACGCCCACAACAUCGUCGACGCGAUCAAGGACGACAAGAAGGCGGCCGCGGCGUGCGGCGGGGAGGGCGCGCAGUUCGAGAAGGAUUGCGCCGCCCAAUGGGUCACAUACUUCAAGAAGUGGCGGGUGCAGGACAUCCAGAAGAAGGCGAGGCUGAAGGAGCUCGAGGCGCAGGGGGCGAAUAAGAUGGACGUGCAGACCGAGUUCGCCCCUAGGAGGUGAUCCAGGACACGGUCUUGCUGCUGGCUGGUGCUGUGCGAGUUGCACAAGACAGGCAGAAUGUAUUAUACGAUGUAAUAUGGUCUUCUUGCGCAUUUGGGAUGAUCC